AGUUUGAGUUGGUGUUUACAUAUACAUUUUUCAUGUGUUGAAUAUCGUUAAAAGUAUUACAAAUAAACCGAAAAAGCCGAAAAUAGAUGUUUUUUUAUACCAAAGAAUACUAAAAAUAAAAAAUUAAGGCAGAUUUUAUCCUCCUAAAUAAACCCCUUCUCCCGGCAAAAUGACCUCAAUUAUAAAGUUGCAGGUCCUUUCUGGGGCUAUGGACGAAUCGCCCCCUGCUUAUCUGCUUCAAAUUGAUGAUGUUAAAAUUUUACUGGACUGCGGUUGGGAUGAAAAGUUUAAUAUGGAAUUUAUUAAAGAAGUUAGAAGACAUAUACACCAGAUAGAUGCAGUGUUAAUAUCUUAUCCAGAUAUUUACCACCUCGGGGCUCUUCCGUAUCUAGUAGGUAAGCUAGGUCUGAACUGCCCAAUCUACUCUACCAUUCCAGUAUAUAAAAUGGGCCAAAUGUUCAUGUAUGAUCUCUACCAGUCCCAAUAUAAUAUGAAAUCAUUCAUGUUAUUUGAUUUGGAUGAUGUAGAUGCUACUUUCGAUAAAAUUAUACAACUUAAAUACAAUCAGAGUGUACCUUUAAAAGGGAAAGGAUAUGGUUUGACAGUGACUCCUCUCCCAGCUGGUCAUAUGAUUGGUGGUACAAUAUGGAAAAUCAUGAAAGCAGGGGAAGAAGAUAUCAUUUAUGCAAACUCAUUUAAUCACAAAAAAGAAAGGCAUUUAAAUGGUUGUGAAUUAGAAAGACUGCAGAGGCCUUCUUUGUUUAUCACUGAUGCUUUUAAUGCCAGUUAUCAACAGGCCCGAAGAAGAGCAAGAGAUGAGAAAUUAAUGACUAAUAUUCUACAAACACUAAGGAAUAAUGGAAAUGUACUUAUAGCAGUAGAUACAGCUGGUAGGGUAUUGGAAUUAGCUCAUAUGUUAGAUCAGUUAUGGAGGAACAAAGAGUCUGGAUUGCUAACUUAUUCCUUAGCACUAAUAAGCAAUGUUGCUUAUAAUGUUGUGGAGUUUGCUAAAUCUCAAAUUGAAUGGAUGAGCGAUAAACUAAUGCGCAGCUUCGAAGGGGCCAGAAACAACCCUUUCCAAUUCAAACAUUUAAAUUUAUGCCACAGUUUAGCAGAACUGAAUAAAGUACCUUCUCCUAAGGUAGUGCUGGCGAGUAGUGCCGACUUAGAAAUGGGAUUUUCGAGGGAAUUGUUUCUUCAAUGGUGCUCCAAUAGUAAUAAUAGCGUUAUUAUUACCACGCGUACUUCCCCUGGUACUUUGGCAAGGGAUUUGAUCGAUAAUAAUGAAAGAGGUCGUAAUAUCGAUGUUAUCGUCGAAAGGAGGGUGAAGCUCGAGGGUCAGGAGCUGGAGGAAUUUGAAAAGAGGCAGAAAAUGAGGAAGUUUGAGCCUGUGGCUAAAGAAGAAGGUGAUUCGGAUUCCGAUAGUGACAUAGAAAUGUCGGUGAUAUCUAAAGGCAAGCAUGAUAUUGUAAUAAAACAGGAAGGCAAAGUGGGAGGUGGCUUUUUUAAAGUUACCAAGAAACACUACCCUAUGUAUCCUUUUAAAGAAGAGAAAAUUAAGUGCGACGAAUACGGAGAAAUAGUUAAACUAGAAGACUAUAAACUGGCAGAGGUAAAUCCAGAGAUAGAAGACAAUAAGGAAAAUCUGGAUAUUAAAAGGGAAGAAGACGACGAUGACGUCAUUGAAAUCCCGCAAGUUCCCUCCAAGUGCGUAGCAUUAGAAAGAACUAUUCAGGUAAAUUGCCAGGUGCAGUACAUAGAUUUCGAAGGCAGGUCGGAUGGAGAAUCACUUAUUAAAAUAUUGUCUCAAUUGCGGCCUAGAAGGGUUGUUGUGGUACAUGGAACCCCAGAAAACACAGAAAUCAUAGCAAAACACUGCAGAGACAUUAACGCCAGAGUAUUUACUCCAAGCAGGGGAGAAAUUGUUGAUGCCACCAGCGAAACACACAUUUAUCAAGUCCGACUCACUGAUGCGCUGGUAUCUCAGCUCGACUUCCAAAAAGCCAAAGAUGCGGAAGUCGCAUUCGUUAAUGCUCAAAUUUCUGUGAGGGAGGCACAGGCGGACGCUAAAAGGUUGGAUUUGGAUAACGAACUCAUGGAAGUGGAGGACGAAGACGUAAAGGAAUUAACGCUAGAGCCUCAUUCAGACGAACAUCUCCAUGACCCAGUGUUCGUCAAUGAGUUGAAGCUCUCAGAUUUUAAACAGAUUCUGUCAAAAUCCAAUGUUAAUUCAGAAUUCUCUGGCGGUGUACUUUGGUGUUGUAAUGGUACUAUAGCUGUGAGAAAGCUGGAUACUGGCAAAAUUGUUUUAGAAGGCUGCAUAUCUGAGGAUUACUACAGGGUUAAAGAUUUGUUGUAUGACCAGUUUGCUAUAUUGUAGUUUUUGUUGGUGUCUAGGUUAAGACUCAUACUUGUGUAUUAUAACCUGUAAUUAUUUUUAUUAAAUCGUAAAUUAUAAUAACUAAAUCGUAAUAAACUUUUAUAUUGUC